AUGGAGAGCUUAGGUCCUUAUUUUGGGCAGAUGAGGUAUAAUAUGAUUUUUGUUCCUUUUACGGGGGUUGAUCACCAUAAGAAUUGCGUAACAUUUGCGGCUGCUCUUCUUUAUGAUGAAACUAUUGAGUCGUUCACAUGGAUGUUGGAACAAUUUCUUGAAGCACAUGGUAAACAACCGAGGCUAGUGUUAACCGACCAAGACCCGGCAAUGAAACAAGCCAUAGCUAAAGUUUUCAAUGAAUCUGUCCAUCGUCUAUGUAUGUGGCAUAUUAUGGAUAAACAUCCUCAUAAGAUUGAUGGUGAUGUGUUACAGAAUACCAACUUGAGGGUACGUAUACAUAAGUUGGUCUGGAAUGUUUUUAUCGCUCCUGCCACGUUUGAGAAGCGAUGGGAGUUAUUGACAAAUGAUUGCAACUUGCAGCGUCACAAGUGGUUGUUUGACAUGUUUUCUAUUAGAGAUCAGUGGGUCCCAGUUUAUGUUGUGUUUUGA